AUGUACACACCUCCCGAGUCUCCUGGUUGGUAUAAUACACCUUCGGAUGAUGAAAUCAGCAUCUCGCCAUCAUCGCCAGGUACCUCGUUAGAAAAUGCAUCAACCACGAGUAGCACGUCUCAUCACCACAAUGAUUGGUUUGAAUACUUGGUUCAUCCAAAAAAGUUGGAUCAACACUUGGAUGAUCUUCUUCAAAAUCCUUCAUUGCAACCUUCUGCCAUGGAAUUAGCUUUAUCCUUCAUGGAACAAUGUACAGCUCCGUCCAAUGUAAGAGCACAACAACUCAACGAUCGAACUAAACGAUAUCUUUCUGUAGUAACCAAAAUAGUUUUUAAAUCUGGUUUUACACUGGAACAGAUUGAACACAAUUUUCCAUUGGCUUUUCAAAAGCAUAUUAUUGUCGGGAUUUUGUUAAGAAAACGAAAAACUUUUGGUGUGGAAGGAAUCAUUCAUAGACCUAAAGAAUCGGACGCAUCAGCACAGUCUGACAAUUCAACAACACCGAUAGAAAAUAUCACUACAACUGUCUCAUAUAUCGAAAUAAUUUAUCAUAGAUGGAUUAUGAGAGCCAUCUCUAACAGAACACCCCUUUGGUUCAUUAAGAAUCCUUCUCUUGAAGGAACAGAGUCACUAGAUCUCAUUCAAUUGGGAGAAAAUUCUGUUGUAGAACUUCGAAAAUUUGUGGAAGCAAUCGAAAAAGACCCUCAGAUUUUAAACAAAUUUAUUGAUAAGCCAUCGAGCGUUGACGGUGGAGAGUUAGAAAAACAAAUUAUCUUUGAUAUUGCUAAUUACUAUUUUUUCAGAGAAGAUUUUGACAACUCUUUCAAUUAUUUGAAAAGCCUUUAUCCUAAAUUUCAAUCCAAUUCAAAUUUGAAUGACUCUGUUGUGACUGAAUAUGGAGGGAAAACAGACUCUCUGAAAGAAAAUUGUGUGACCUUAAUCAUAGCUUGCCAAUCUAUUCUCUCAUCAAAAUAUCCUCCUGAAACCUUAUUAUUUCCUGAGCACAAAAAGACUCUAUUCUUUAGAGAUGUAGAUGAUACGGUGAAAAAGUUAAAUAGUAUGCAUGAUGAAGACAAUGAACUCAGUAACAAACUGAUAUCUUUACUAAUUCAAGACAUCAUCGAAAGUCAACUAAGCAGAGAAUAUAGAGUUAACCUGUGCUAUAAAUUGAUACAGAAGGAAACACUGUUUAAAAAGAUUUUAGCUUGCAACAUUAUUCAGGAUAUGAUCAAAAUAAUUCAGGGCCACUCUCUUUCAACAAUUCAUCAAGAGCUUGAAACGGCCAUUCUUGAAGCCAUGACUCCUCACCAUGUAAAAGUAUACCCAGCUAUUGUAGAAGAAAAUCAAAAUGACACUGAACUAGGAUCUGUGCAAACCCAUCUUGAUAGAUAUGUUCUGAAACACAAAUUUGUUACAAGUCAACCCAUUAUCCCAGUAUACAUAAUAAUAUUUUUGAAGAAACUCGAAGAUGAAGCUAAGAAAAGAACUAAGAGUACUGACAUGCAAGAUGAGGAUUUGGACAAUAACGAUGGAAUCUUGUAUUGGAAUAAUGAAUUUAGUUCAAUAAUUACAGAAUUCGUUUGCAGACUGGCCAAUUAUUUGAACCACCCAAUUGUCUAUGCGACUUUACUAUCUGAAGGGAUAUCGUAUUUGGAGUUUAAAAGCAAAAGUAUGAUGGAUGAUAACAUCAUUGAAAUGUACAAAAAACAAAUGCUAGAAAGUGUGGAAGAGAGCUAUCAUUUGAAUUAUUUCAAUGGGUCUGCUGACUCGCUUCAAAAACAAGAAGCAAGCUAUAAUCUGCUCCCAGAUACAGCUCAAUCAGUGUUAUGUAAUGCAUGUAUUGAAAAGAAGCGUGAAAUUAAUAUGUAUUUUGAGCAAUUGAAAACGACGGUUACGAAGAAAAGGUCCUACGACAAUGCAAUUCAAACUCACCACUUGUUAUUCUCUGACGAUUCCUCCAUUUCUGGAAAAGAGUCUACCGAUUCUCUCAAGCGAUUGAAAAUUGAUGCCAGCGAUUAUUUAUCACUUCGUGCAAGAAAUUUUAUGUAUAGAUCAAGCUAUGGCUGUUUAUUCGCUCUGCAAAAAAUUACAAAUUUAUUUGAUGCGGCCAACAUGAUUGACAAAUUCAAAGGAGAGCAAGGUCAGAAAAGAAUGUUGUUUGAUAAUGUCAUUAUUUCACUCUCUAAAAAGCAUCCACAACUCACAAUGCCAGAAGAAUAUCCAGUACCAAGAAUAGAAAGCAAACAAAUCGAACGUCCUUCCCCUGUGAUUGUCAACAUGGAAGAAUUCAGCACACUGAGCGAAUUAUGCAAUUUCAAUCAGAAUGCUUCUUCGAGCUCAGAACAAAAUGCACAACAACAACAAGAUGGCACUAGCUCCUCAAAACAGGCAAACCACAAGAUUGAAGUUCCUCCAAUGAAUUUGGCAUUCCUGGGCGAUCUUUUCAAGAGCUUGGUGAAUUUAGAGGACUGGGCAUUCAUUAGAGAUUUUUUCAAAAACAUGCAAACCAAAUAUGAAGCUAAUUCUGAUCCUUCCGAAGAAAAUGCUCACAUUGUCUUUUGUAGAUUUGCCCUUCUUGUGGAAUCACUUGCCUAUCACAUGCAUGCUCCAAGAACUGGAGCUCCCAAGAAAGUGUUCAAAGAUCUCAAAGAUGACAUUUACAAAUUUGUACAUAAUUUAAUUUAUUUACCAGGAGAUGGAUAUGGCUCGAGUAGUAGUGGCAGCACUGAGAAUGACCCUCAAUUCAUUGAAGACGAAAAUCGCCUAAGAUGGGAUGAUUUCCACUUGUUGGCCACUACUCAAAACUUGAAAUUUCUCAUGGAUUUAUCGGUCAUGCUUGCCUUUGUAUUGGCUUCUGUGAGAUCGAAUAUUGCUAAUACAAGAUCGAAUUCUCCUCCUAGCAAUCUCAGAGGAACUACUCCCACUCAACCACUCUCUCCACCAGCACCAGUGUUUAUGGGUCACUACAAACAUUUGGCCAAGUUAAUGAUGCCUGAAUAUUUUUGUGGCACUACAAAAAAGCAUUGGCUUGUGGGAAAUGAAAAAUUUGUGGAUGAGACACUUUUGGUCAUGUUGCAACAUAUUUUAGAACGAGUGUUGAGCUUACAGGAGCAAAUUCAACGCAAACCAAUAAGCACGUUUUACUUGUUCAAGUGUUGUCUUGCUGACAUUUAUUUUGAGAAGGGAAAGUAUAAGAGAGCACUUGAACUUUAUUUGGAAUGUGGAGCAAGUAAUUUUCCUCACUUCUAUAGGCCCAAUAAUGAGGAAGUUGUGGAUCGAAUGGUCAGAUGUCUCAUUGAACUUGGAGAAUAUACAGCUGCUGCAGUUUUACAUCAAUUUAUUCACAGUACCUAUGACAACGAGAUGGAUACUCAAACUCAACGAACGCAUGUACUUUCGGACAUUACAAGUUUUUCCACAUUGAGAGCUGGAUAUACAAAAGAAAUUAUUGACAACUUAUAUGAAGCCAAUGGGCUUAAUGAGAGAUGGUUAUUAUUCUUUUAUGACCUAUCUUAUUUGGAGCUGGUCGUUCAUGUUGCUCAUCAGAAGGGAGAAUUUAACAAGGAAGACCUCAUGAUACAACACAUCCAAAGAAGUGAAAUGAAUUCCAAUAACAAGACUGAGCACCGCAAGGAAUACAUUCAACAAAUGAAGGAAACAUUUUUGAGAAAGUUGUACCUUCACAUUACAACGAGUUUGAAGAACAAUCAAUAA